CGGGGAUCGUGUGAUUGGCGCUGUCUACUUUCCCACCUCGCGCCUGUCUAAGGUUUGCCUUGCGCUGUGGGUACGGCGUGAGCCCUCCCUCGUGACCCGCGAAGCCCUCCCUCGUGCGGGAUUAGGUGGCCAGCGGUGACUCGGGUGGUGCCCGGCAGGUGAUGUCGGAGAGCUGGGAGGUGGAGGAGCAGCUGGCUGGUACCUCUCCACCGGGCCGCGAAGGAGAGCCGUCCGGACUAGGAUGGCUAUUUGUGGGGGAGUUGCUGCUAAACGCGGCUCUUGUGCUUGUUCUGAUAUACGGGGCUUUCCGAAUCUACCAGCGCUGGAAAGGGUCGGGGUCGGGCGGAGCCGCUUCUUUGCCGCGUAUGAAACGCAGAGACUUCACCCUUCAACAACUGCGAGAGUACGACGGCACGCACAAGCCCAGGAUCCUACUGGCUGUCAAUGGGAAAGUGUUUGAUGUGACCCAGGGAAGCAAGUCCUAUGGGCCGGAUGGCCCAUAUGGAUUAUUUGCUGGUAGAGAUGCUUCCAGGGGACUAGCGACAUUCUGCCUCGAUAAAGAAGCCCUGCGAGAUGAAUAUGAUGACCUCUCUGACUUAAACGCUGUACAGAUGGAAAGUGUUCGGGAAUGGGAAAUGCAGUUUAAAGAUAAGUAUGAAUAUGUUGGUCGGCUGCUGAAACCAGGGGAAGAACCAUCUGAAUAUACAGACGAAGAAGAUGUCAGAGACCAUACAAAGCAGGACUGAACUUUAUCAGCCAAAGUCAGGGGCCGUUCAGGAACUUCACUGUCUUUCCCAACAACAUAAUAAUGAGGAGGUUUUGUGCUCCACAAUAUUCGCCACAGUUUGUACAGGGAAAUGAGAAUUGAACGUGAUAACUGCAAAAGAAGAUUUUAAUACUAGGCAUUAUGACCUUCACUGCCAAGCAUUUUUCUUCCCCCCUCCAAAAGUUGAUCUUUCUGUGACAGAACCUUGUUAAUGAAACGGGAUUCAGGAAAUCGAUUGUGAAAUGUGCAUUGUUACAUAUUUUAUUAGUUAUUUGUGGAGCAGCUCCACUUUGGCUUUAUAAGGAACCAGCCAUGAUUCGCAGAUCAGAAAGUGUAUGGGAAAGUAUACAUUUCUUGAUGUGGUAUUUGGUUCAGACUUUUGAAAACUUGAUUUUUUUUUUUUUUUCCAUAAAUACAUGUAUCCGAUUAAGUCUGCACUACUUUCAACUAUUGUUCUAUUUCUUUUUGUUUGUUUUUUUUUUUUUAAGUGGUAGAUUUUCCCUAGUAAUGCCAGGCAUUGUCGUCUCAUUGUCUCAGUCUAGAUCAGGUGAAAGUAUCCGACUGGGCUGAAGUAUUUUAUCACCAUAAUCGGAAAGGGUUUAAAAUGCACUCCUUGUAUUCAUAGGCAAACCUCCAAUUACAUUGUAAGAUGUUUCUCUGCAAUUCCUACACCCAAUCAAGUUUAACACCCUUUGCCGUUUUUGUUGCCUGUGAUUUAGUAGAAAUGAAAACAGGCUUCAACUGCAGCAAAGUAGGUAUGUGCCUUAUUUUUCUUGUACAGACUUGAACUGCUUUAAGGGAAACUGCCCCCCCUCCCCAAUGUAUUAAUCCACAGUCACUACAAGCAGCUUUGUUACUUCAGUUGAUCUGUAUUGACUGAAAAAAAGGAGUCCUGUUGUUCUGACUAAUCAGAAAGAAGGAGGAAUCUUCAGUAUUACUGCCAUACUUAUGAUGAUGUACAUAGAGGUAGGACUGUAAGUGUCUCCCCAAACAAUGCUUGAUUUCAUUGGAAUAGUCUGAUGUUCAUGUUUAGGUGGAGUAGUAUGUAUGCUUGUGAGCGCACUUGUCUGCUGGAGCGGCGAGAGGUGUUUUCUGCAGAUACUGUAAAUAUGGGAACCAUUUUAAUAAAGCAUGUACAAUAAACCAAAAGCCACAGCUAAACUCUC